UCUUUUGGCUGUAGGAGCCAAGAAAAACGCAAAAAACGAAAAAAUCGACGUUAGAAUAUUCCCGGAGCCCUAGAACAAUCGCAAAUCGGCUGCCCCGAAUGUCAUGCUACGUGCUCCGGGGGAAUGCCUUACCAACAGAUCAGUGUUCGAGCAGCAUUCAGUCAUUCAAGAUUCAGGCCCAAGCCUUAAUAACAAUGCAAUCCGGAGUGAUAAAUGUUUUGAUCACUAUAUAAAGUGGAUAUGUGAUAGACCUAGACGUCAAUCCUCGAUCUCCUGACUGACCAGAACUAGUAACGAAUGCAGACAAGUCAGUAAUUACUGUUGAAAAGAAAAGAUGAAUCAUCCAGCAAGCAGUCAUCCACCACCAACAGUCUCAGGAAUAACUCAGAAACGCCAGAAAUUAUGGAAAAAGUGUAGCUACACCUCGUGGGACUGCUCUGGCCAGGCUAUCGAGGGCUUCUCCCUCUGUCCAAAGCACAUUCUCCACGAUCCAACUGCUCCUUACAAACAAUGUGCAUUUGUUUACAACACCAGUGCCAAGAGAUGCUGUCAUCCCGCUCCCCGGAUGGACAGGAGAGAUGUGGCUUACUGCCCUGAACACACGCGGAAGGCUCUCAUUGCCAGAAUGAAAUCCACGUCGAAGGGAAUUUUGCCGGAGAAUCCUGAGAGGUAUCUCUUGAACUUGAAGCAUUAUGUGGGUGAAGAUAAAGCUGGCGAGAGGAGUACAAUCAAAGCUUUGGACCCAUUCAAUGAAAUUGACGCAUCCAAAGUGAACUCAAGCUGUUGUGAUAUACUGGAUUACGCUAGCUCAUCAGACAGUGAUGUGGAGCCCACAGUGGCUUCUGAUGCCCUCCGAGGGACAUUCCUAGAUGACAGUGACAACGAGUCCCUCAGCAGUUUCAAUGAAGAUCCCCUCAAGCACGCGGGGAUCUACACAGCUGAGGAGGGUAUUUACAUUGCUCGUGAGAAACUCAUAAAACUCCAGUCCCUCUACAUCGAGCAGUUCAAGAGACUCCAAUACAUGUUGCGUGAGAAGCGGAGAAGAUACCUCCACGCUGUGAAGAGUGAGAAGGAGACCCUCUGUAGUAUUUAUAACCAAUCUAAAGACACACCCAAAGAGAAAAAAAUCUACGCAAAAUUGAAGGCUUUGAACAGUUAUCAUCGCAAAAGUGGAGUCGAGGCAAUUUUGUACAAAAAAUCUAUCGAGAGAAGAGCGAGAUACUCUGAGGGACUUCCCCAGAAGCCUCCCAGUGUCCCCAAGUGUAUUUUCACUGAGGGCGGAGUCAAAUGUGGGGAGAGGACCCUCCCUGCCGCCAAACACUGCAGAAAACAUAUACUAAAGGACGAACGUCAGGUAUUAUUCAAAGCGUGUGGAGCUAAAAGAGCUGACAUAACGUGUCACGAGCCAGUUCCAGUCGUCUUCGACUCGAAUUGUGUCUUCCACAUGGAUCUGCCACCUCCCUGUACACUAGAGCCCAUGAAGUUCAUCAAAGAGAUCAAGUGUUCGCAACCUGUGAGCUCUGAUGUAAACCCCAUGGAAAUCGAUGUUGUCAGUAAUAAUCAGGAAAUUGAUCCGGACGAUGACAUGGCGGGCUUAAUGAGGGAAAUGAAUGAUCCUUCACACAAAAAGCAGAGCUUCAAUGAAAGCAUCACAAGUGAGACGAGCACUGACACGGCCUUCAGCAUGAAUGCACAGUGCAGUGAUAAGGACGACUCACUUGCCACUUGAAGGUCCAAAGUACAUUGACCUAUUGUUGAUGACGAUGUGUUGUGAAGAAUGGUGAUCAGUUGCCAGUACGAUAAUUGAAGAAAUAAAGCUAUACGAGAGAUAA